AUGUUUAUUGAAGCCUUGGAGAUAAAUAUUGCUUUACUAUCUGAAAAAAUGUGCUUGCCAACUUUGCUUAACCACAUAGUUAAAAGGAGUGAAGGGGAAAUUUUGCAACAUCGAUUGAUGCUGUUGAUUGUGGAGCCAUUGGAGGGAUUUAGCCGCCAGCAAGCAACGAAAGAAGAAAAGCAAACAAACAUAAUUGAUGGAGAUCGUUCGUUUGCUAUUCAAAAGAUAAAAGCGUAA